AGAGAGAGAGAGAGAGAGAGAGAGAGAGAGAGAGAGAGAGAGAGAGAGAGAGAGAGAGAGGGGAGGGAGUGUCUGGGGAUGCCCCACUGAGAACCCAGUUGUGAAGUGUGUCUGGCCACCACCGGCGGCAGUCUCAUUGUGUCGCAGGCACACGCACAGCGGUACAACAUGGACUCCAGCAGGCCCUUCAAACGUCCUUCCCUGGACAACAUCGCAAACGUCAUGCAGAAACUGCAGGAUGAGCAGGAAGCAGUGCAGAAGAGGACAUUCACCAAAUGGAUAAAUUCUCACUUGGCCAAGCAUAAACCCGCCCUAGAGGUCAACGACCUUUUUGAGGACAUCAAGGAUGGGGUGAAGCUCCUGGCCCUGUUGGAAGUGUUAUCCGGCCAGAGGCUGCCCUGCGAGCAGGGCCGGCAGAUCAAGAGGAUCCACUGGGUUUCCAACAUCGGCACCGCGCUCCGCUUCCUCGAAGGCAGGAGGAUCAAACUGGUCAACAUCCACGCCACGGACAUCGCAGACGGGCGGCCCUCCAUCGUUUUGGGGCUGAUAUGGACCAUCAUCCUCUACUUCCAGAUUGAGGAGCUGACCAGUAACCUGCAGGCGGCCGAGGGUCUUUCCACCAGCAACUCCUCUGUGGACAGCAUGGCUAGCUCGGAGACAGGAAGUCCCCCCGUCAAGAGGAAGCAGAGGCUGCAGGGCAACGCCAAGCGCUCCCUCCUCCGAUGGGUGCAGAGCAUGGCGGCCAAGCGCCAGGGCAUCGAGGUGAAGGACUUCGGGCCCAGCUGGCGCAGCGGCGUGGCCUUCCACGCCGUGGUGCACGCCAUCCGCCCCGACCUGGUGGACAUGGAGCUGGUCCGCAGGAGGAGCAACCGGGACAACCUGGAGGAGGCCUUCAGCCUGGCCGAGAACCAGCUGGGCAUCCCCCGCCUGCUGGAGCCCGCAGGUGAGCGCAUACACUACCUUUAUCGGUCUUACAUUGAUAACACACUGAGUGUUGUCAUUUGGUCAUGUUUCCAGGCACAGGCAUCACUCAUUGGUCUGCACACUACACUGGAGCAGCCAAUCACAUCAUGCUCCUCGUCAUCAGAGACCUACAAAGCUCUUCAAAGCCACACGGACGUGUGCCAGGGCCUUGAGAAGCUGAAGGCGGGCGUGCUGUCCCUGUCGGCCAGCGCCCGGAGACUCAGCGACAAAGAGGAGGCGGAGAGAGCGGCGGCCGCGCUGCAGGCCAGCUACGACGUCAGCGUACAGCAGGCCAAGGACAAACAGAGCCAGCUGGAGGGGCUGCUGUCGCUCUGGCAGAAGUAUGAGAAGGACCGGUCCAGCUUUGUGUCCUGCUUAGAGAGGAGCGAGUCGCUCUCUAACCUAGAGAGCCGCCGAUUCUCCACCGACAAAACCAAACUGAUCAGCGAGCUGCAGGACCUACAGGGUCUGCACUCUGAGCUGCGCUCCCUGGAGGCGUGUCACGCGGGCCUGGUGGCCCUGGCCUCCGCCCUGGGGUCCAGUGCCCCCCAGCAGAGGGCCCAGCUGCUCACUGAAGACCUGGGGACCCUGCACACAAGGUGGAGCGCCCAGAACACCGCCGUCCCCCAGAGGACCCAGGAGCUGCAGAGCCACUUGUCGCAGGUGGAGCAGUUCGACCAGGCUCUGGUGAAGUUCUCCCAGUGGGGCGAGAGCAUGCUCUCCACCCUCCACUCCGCCUCUCAGAUAAACACCACCCACCUGCCACCGGCCGUGACGCAAGUGAAGGAUAACCGAGCCGCUCUCCAGAAGCAGGCGGUCGUGAAGCAGAUCCUGGAGCAGCAGACGGAGUGCCUGUGUCGGGCCUGUGAGCCCGGCGACGCCCAGCUCCUCCACGGCCGACUGGAGAACUGCCUCCUGCCCUACCUGGAAGCCCGGCAGGCGGCCGAGCUCCAGCUGGAGUGCCUGGAGCGGCUGCAGGCCUUCCUGCAGACCCAGGGCACGACGGCGGCGACCCUGCAGGGCCUGAGGCAGACGGUGGAGGGCGCGGGCAGCUGGGACCGCGCCCGCGUGGAGGAGCUGCAGCAGGAGCUGUCGGCCGUUCUGCCCGAGGUGGGCCGGCUGGAGUCCCUGGCGGCCGGCUUGGACAGCGGCCUCUGCAAGGGCCACCUGCACGUGGGCGACGGCCAGGGGGCGCGUACCUCCUGCCGGCGCAUGGCCGACGCGCUGAGCGCCGAGGUGGACGCCGUCCGGAGCCUGCUGGGCUCCAAGCAGAGCGAGGCGGACGCCCUGGGCGCCCUGUGGACCUCCUUCAGACAGCGCAAGGAGCAGCUGCUGAAGACCGUGGAGGACAUUGAGGAGAAGGCCGACCACCAGAGCAUGAAGGAGCCCAGCCUUCAGGCUCUGCAGCAGAGGCUGCGUUUCUUCAACCAGUUGGAGGACGAGCUCCAGUCGCACCAGCACGAGGAGCAGUGGCUGAGGGACAAGGGCCAGCAACUCGCCCAGCGCGACGCAGAGUUCGCAGGCGAGGUGCUGCGGGAGAUCGGCCUUUUGAAGUCCACCUGGGAGGACACCAAGAGACUCAUCUCAGACAGGCAGGGGCAGUGUGGGGUCCUGGUGGAACUGAUGAGAGAGUACCAGGGUCUGAAGACCUCCAUCACUGGCAUCGUGGAGAGCACAGAAGCUGUGGUGGAUAUCAGCUCUGCUCUCAAGGACCACGAAGAAACCAAGAGAUCCCUAUCCAAGCAUGAGGGGGUGAAGACCAACAUGUCUGGUAAGCAGCAGGAGCUGGACCUCUUCUCCAGCCGGGGGAAGCAGCUGCUCAGCGAGCUGAGGAUGAUCCCUGACUGCGACGCGCAGGUCAUGAAGAAGGAUGUGGAGACGCUGGUGGAUCAGUGGCUGGAUGUGUCGGAGAGAGUGGACGACAACAUCGACCGCCUCAGCAAGAGUUUGGCGGUGUGGGAGGAAGUGCGCAGGAUCAGUGACGACAUCGAGAGCUGGGCCAGCAGCUGUGCCUUAGAGCUGAGUGAAAGUCUGAACAACCUCAACGACAGCCACAAGAUGUCCGGCAGGCUCGCUGUGGUAGAGAAAGAAAUUGUGGAGAAAGAGCAGAGACUGAACACCCUUCUGGAGAACGUAGAAGAACUGAAGCAACACAGCGGAGGCCAAGAAACUCCCGCUAAACUACAGGCGCUUGAAGCAGACUUGCAGAUGAAGAUCAGCAAUGUCCACAAGCUGUGUGAGCAGGCGAGGGGGAACCUGAAGGACUUCAGCUCCCAGAGGAAACAGCUGGAGGACUACAUUUCCCAGAUGUCAGACUGGCUGAAGAGUAUGGAAGAGUCCCUGAUUUCAACAACCACGGGGUCGGAUCCUGAGGAUAUCUACAGUGUCAAGGAUCUCCAGAAAGAGCUCCUGAACCAGCAGGGUAGCAUCGAUGCUACCAGGGAGAGCCUCAACAACCUGUGCAGAAAGUACCCCUCUGAAGAGCUGGCUGGCCUGGGAUCAGCCCUCACCGACCUGAUCAAGAGCUAUGAGGCCAUCAACCAGCUUUCAGCCCGGACGCUGGUGGGGAUGCAGCACUGUCUGCAGCAACACUUCAAUGACCUUGUCCAGGAGUUUCAUCGAUGGCUCUCUGAACAGAGAGAGAUCGUGAAAGAAUGCUCUGACCGAUCAGGGGACACCUGUGUCGUUGAUCGCAAACUCCAGAAGAUCAAGGGAGCGAUGGAGCGCGUGGAGGAGGGAGAGGUGCGUCUCACGCAGGUCUGUGAGGAAGGGGAGAAGCUGCUCCUCCACCUCCCAAAGGCCAGCGCCGGCCAGGUCCAGCAGAACCUCUCCUCCAUCCAGCAGGACUGGGACAGCUUUGUGGAGCAGUGCCGGCAGAACCAGCAGAUCCUGGAGGACAGCGCCACCCUCAUGAAGGGGUUCGAGGGCCGGCUCAAGAAGCUGCGCUGGUGGCUGGAGCACAUGGAGAAGAGGAUGACCACCGACCUGUCCGAGGCCCAGCAGCAGCGAGGCCCGGAGAAGGCCAUGCUGGAGCAGGUGGAGGAGUAUCAGCAAGAGGUGCUCAAAGAGAGGGACUCGUUUGAGCGCUUGUGCCAGGAGGCGCAGGCCCUGAACGAGGGCGGGCGCGGCGACGGCAGUGAGACGCGGGUGUCGGCCCAGCUGCAGUCCCAGCAGCAGGCGCUGCUGCGGCGCGCCCGCGAACGGCUGCGCAGCUGCCAGCUCACCCUGCAGGAGCAGCAGGCCUUCCAGGACACCCUGCAGAGCACCUGGUCCUGGCUCAAUGGGGCCCAGGAGCGCCUGGCCUCGCUCGACAGCACCGUGGGCAACAAGGAGACGCUGGAGAAGAGGCUGGGGCUCGUACAGGAUAUCCUGCUGAUGAAGGGCGAGGGGGAGGUGAAGCUGAACAUGACCGUGGGGAAGGGGGAGCAGGUCCUGAAGCACAACAGUCCGGAGGGCCAGGAGGCCAUCCGCUCCCAGCUGCAGCGGCUCAAGGACUCCUGGGCCAACAUGCUGAUGACCUCCAUGAGCUGCCACAGCCGCCUGGAGUGGACAGUGGCCCAGUGGAGCUGCUACCAGGAGAGCCGGAGCCAGCUGCAGCAGUGGCUGGAGACGGUGGAGCAGGAGGUGAGCAUGAACCUGCCCCAGCAGCCCGGGCUGAAGGAGAAGGCCUCCCUGCUGGAGCGCCUGCGGGCCGUGCAGGCCGACGUGGAGGCCCACGCAGGGGUGCUGUCGCGCCUCACCGAGAAGGCAGUGGAGCUGCACGAGAAGACCGCCGACCAGAUGUUCGGACCGGAGCAGAGGGCAGAGCUCAACGUCCAUUUUGCCGACCUCUCCGCCGUGGUCAAGGGCAAAGUGCACUCCAUGGAGGGUAUUGUGUCCGAGCACGAGCAGUACCUGGACGCUGUCCGGGACUUCAACGACUGGCUCAUCUCGGCCAAGGAGGAGCUUCAGCGCUGGUCGGACCUGUCUGGAGACACCACUUCAAUAAGGAGAAAGCUGUCCAAGGUGCAGGAGCUGCUGGACUCAAAGCAGCGGGGCAGGGAGAGGCUGAGCCGGGUUCAGCGCAGCGGCGCGGUGGCCCGGGACCACACCGGCUCCGGGGGCUUCGAGGCCGUGGAGCGCGAGGAGGCGGCCCUGCUGUCGUCGUGGGAACAGUGGGAGCGCGGCGCCCUGCAGACCAGGGCUAGCCUGGAGACCUCCCUCUCCCAGAUCGCCAGCUCCGAGCAGGAGUUCAGCGUGCUGUCAUCUCGGCUGGGGCAGGACCUGCACGACUUCGGUGCCCAGCUCCAUGACUGCCGCCUCAGGCUGGCCCAGUGUGAGGGAAAACACAGCGGGGAGGAGUGUGUCAAGGCCUGGCAGCUGGCAAAGGCCACGCUGGCGGACCUGGUGAAAGCUGAGCCCACGUCAGAGAGUUUGAAGACUCAACUCAAUGACCUAUGCCGGUUCUCCAGAGACCUAGGCAAGCUGUCAGAGAAAGUGUCUUCCCUCAUUAAAGAGUACAACAGUCUCAGCCUCCAGGCCUCCAGAGGAUGCCAGAGUAAGGAGAAGCUGCUGGACCAGGGCUUCCGCUCGGCCUUCAGAGAGUUCCAGCAGUGGCUGGUCAACGCCAAGAUCAACACUGCCAAGUGCUUCGACGUGCCGCAGAACCUCAGUGAGGCGUCCUCCAGCCUCCAGAAGAUCCAGGAGUUCCUCGGUGACAGGGAGAAGGGCCAGAGCAAGGUGAAUGGUGUGCUGGUGAGCAGCGAGCUGUUCACCAGUGUGGCGGCAAAGGACAGGGUGGAGGGCGUGCGGGCCAAGACCAACAGUGCCCGGGACGACUGGAAGAACCUAAUGUCCAACCUGCACAGCAGAGAGACGAGCCUACAGAACCUAGUAUGUCAGAUGAAGGACUUUGAGACGAGUGCCGAACCACUCCAGGGUUGGCUGAACGUAACAGAGCAGGCGGUGCAGGAGAGCAGCACACGUCUCCAUGAUCUCGGAGCCAAGAAGCAGGAGCUCCAUAAACUGCAGUCCGUGCUGGAGGAGUUAGCCUCUCAGGAUGUGCACCUGAGCAGACUCAGGGAGAAGGCCCAGCUGCUGUGGGACGAACACGCUGCCGGCAAGGGCUUUAUGCACCAUGUGUCUCAGCUCUCCGCCCAGUACCUAGCUUUAACCAACCUCACCAAGGAGAAGGCUUCAAGAAUUGACAGGAUAGUCACCGAACACCAGAUGUUUGCCCAGGGGCUCAAAGAGCUGCAAAACUGGGUGACCGACACUAGCCACAUGCUGCAGACCUACUGUGCACCCACCGCAGACAAAAACGUCCUUGACAGCAGGAUGAUCAAACUAGAGGCCUUGCUCUCUGCACGACAAGAGAAGGAGAUCCAGCUGAAGAUGCUGACCACCAGGGGAGAGUCUGUUCAGAGGAACACGUCGACGGAGGGGGUUCCAGUGGUGCAGAAGAACAUACAGGACCUCAAGGACUCCUGGGAUGCGCUGCUCUCUGCCUCCAUUCAGUGCAAAAGUCAACUGGAGGGAUCCCUGUCUCAGUGGACAAGCUACCAGGAGGACGUCCAACAGUUCGUGGCCUGGAUCGAGCAAGUGGAAGAGAGCCUGGAGUCUGGGACAAAACCCUGCUCGGAGAUGAGAGACAAAAGUGCCAAUCUGGGCAAAGCCAAGCUGCUCCACGAGGAAGUGCUCAGCCACAGUGCCUUGCUGGACACCAUCAGCCUGAAAAGUGCCAAGAUGGCCGAACACUACGUCUCACAGCUGGAGCUGCAGGACCUGCAGGAGCGCUACAACGCUGUCAGAGAGAACGCCAUGAUGGCGGUCGGUACGGCGGAGGAGCUGGUGAUGUCCCACCACGAGUACCAGCGGGCCCUCCAGGUGUUCGAGGACUGGCUGGAGGAGGAGCAGGAGAAGCUGAGCUGCUACACCCAGCUGGAGGGAGACGUGGACACGCUGGAGGAGACGCUCCAGAAGCUGCAGGAACUGCAGCUGCACUGCACAGAGGGCCAGGCCCUGCUCAACAACCUCCUUGUGUGCCGGGAGCUGGUCACCCCGUGGGGGCUGCCCCAGAUGGAGGAGCGAGCCCUGGAGAUGGCCCAGCAGGAGUGGCGGCUGUACCAGGGCCGACUGGGGGACACCAGGGCCCAGCUCAACAGCGCCCUAGCCAAGCUGCGGCAGAUGGAGCAGAAGUUCCAGAGACUGGACAGCUGGCUGAGGGGUAUGGAGACCAAAGGACAGCUGCGUGGCCAUCGCAGGUCCGACCGCACCACCAAGGACGCUCAGCUGGAGCUGAUUAAGAGCUGGCAGGAAGAGGUGCUUGUCUACCAGGAGGAGAUGGAGGGCCUCAGUAUUCUGGCCCAGCAGGUUCUGGAUGAAACCCACAUCACUAGUCGGAUCAGCACCAGAGCCACCCAGAUCACAGCCCGCUACCAUGCACUGCUUCUGCACUUACUGGAGACCAUCAAGCAGCUCCAAGAGGAGGUGUCUUGCAUUGAGGAUGCCCAGGGUGUCUUGGGCACCUUCUCUGAUUGGCUGAGCAUGUCCCAGAACAGUUUCAGCACCGUGGCCAGCUGCAUCGAUGUGGUGGACCGCGUAGCCAUGGAGAGAAAAAUGAAGAAACUUGAGGCGCUGCAAGGUGACUUGGAGCAGGGACACAACUUCCUGAAGACCUUGCGGGAGAAGACCGACCGAGCCCUGGACUACCUGGAGGAGCGGGAGGCCGGCCAGCUCCGGGAGGAGGUGGACGGCCGCCUCGGCCAGCUGGAGGAGCUGACGGUGGCCCUGCGCGCCCAACACAGCUCCCUGGAGAAGUGCAUCUCCCUUUCCAAAGACUUCCUCGACAAGUACAAGGCCCAGUCGCACUGGGUCACCGACACCCAGAACCUCCUGGGCUCCGCCGUUGAGCCCAAGGCCGAGCUGUACCAGAAGAAGGCGCAGCUGGCUAAGUACAAGACUGUCCAGCAGACGGUCCAGUCCCACGAGUCUGCAGUGAGAUCAGUGGUUGAGAAGGGAGAGGCAUUGCUGGAAACUGUCCCGGACCCGACUGUCCGAGACAAUAUGAAGAGACUACAAGCAGACUACCAGGACCUCUGCACAGCUGCAAAGAGCCAGGUGCUGAGCCUGGUGGAGUGGGUGAAGGAGCACGAGGACUACAACAGCGAGCUCCAGGAGGCAGACAAAUGGCUCCUGCAGAUGUCCAGCCGGCUGGUGACCUCGGACUCCAUGCAGACCAGCAGCAUGGAGAUGGCCACCCAGCAACUGGCUCGCCAUAAGGCGAUCAUGGAGGACAUCGCAGGCUUUGAGGAGCGCCUGGGCAGCCUGAAGCAGAAGGGCGAGGGCCUGGUUGCCAGCUGCACGGAGCACGUCCAGGCCAAGAUCAGCCAGCAGGUCCAGGCACAGCAGCAGGGAACCAGAGACAGCUACUCUGCCAUCUGCAACACGGCCCAGCGGGUCUACCAGAGCCUGGACCGCGAGCUCCAGAAGCAUGUGAGCCACCAGGACACCCUGCAGCAGAGCCAGACGUGGCUGUCUGCUGUGCAAGAGGAGCUCCAGCUCCACCAGCACCAGCCGCCCUCUGGUCUUCAGGAAGCCCUCAAGCAGGUUAAACACUACCGGGCCCUCCAGGAGCAGGCCAUCACAUACCUUGACCUGGUGUGUUCCGUGUGCGACCUGUCAGACGACACUGUGAGGGUGACCGCAGCCGAGGUGCAGAGGAUCAAACUCACGAUCGAGGAGCGUAUGUCCAACGCCCAGGCCCUGUCUGAGGGCUGGAGGGAGAUCAAGGAGCAGAAGCAGGAUCUGUCCGGCCUGUUCCAGGACCUGGAGCAGCAGCUGCUGGCCUUCUCCCGCAGGCCGGCCGAGCUGGAGACCAAGAUGGCUGACAACAUGCUGUGCCAAGUCAAGGACCUCAGCCAGCAGCUGCAUUCCAAGCAGAGCGUUCUGACCCGCAUGACGGACAGCGUGGGCCGGCUGGCGGCCUGCCAGGACUCCCCAGAGCACGGGGAGCUGGCGCGGCUCAGCCACACCUGGCUGGAGCUCUGCCAGCAGGCGACCACGCUGGAGGGCCACCGGCAGCAGGACCUGCUGCGCUCCCGGGACUACCACCGCUGCAUCUCCGCAAUGGAGGCGCUGUUCGAGCAGGUGUCCGUCGCCUGGGACAACCUGGCCAGAACGGACGCUGAGAGCUCCUCGGAGCACCUGGAGGCCCUGCGGAAGCUGGCGGUGACGCUGCAGGAGCAGAGGGGCACCCUGGAGGAGCUGAAGGAGCAGCGGCAGAAGGUGGUGCAGCACCUCAACCUGGACGACAAGGAGCUGGUGAAGGAGCAGAUCGGCCACUUCGAGCAGCGCUGGGCGCAGCUGCAGAGCCUGAUCGAGAGGAAGGUCCAGGACUCGGUGGUCACCCUGGAGGACAUGGCCCUGGUGGAGGCGCGGCUCAGGGAGGCGCGGGACUGGGCCGAGGAGCAGCAGCCCGCCCUGUCGGAGGCCAUGAAGAUGAGCCCCCCCCCGGAGCUGGCGCAGAGCUUCCUUUUCGACCACCUGAGCGUGUGCAGCGAGCUGGAGGCCAAGCAGCUGCUGCUGGCCCAGGCCAUGGCCGACGCCGACCGCAUCCUGGCGCACCUCGGCCUGGACGAGCGCCAGCGGCUCCAGCAGCUGAUCGCCGACACCCAGUCGCAGGUGGAGUCGCUGGGCGUGACGGUCGCCCAGCGCAGGAAGCACCUCAGCAAGGCGUUCACGGAGAGGACCCAGUUUCUGAUGGCCGUGGGCCAGUCCAUCACCUGGGUCCAGCAGAACGAGAAGAAGGCCCAGGCAGAGGAGAGCGUGGCACUGCUGCCCGACGACCUGGCCAAGCAGGUGCGCACGUGCCGGAACAUCCAGAGCAGCCUGAAGGCCUACCAGAGCGAGCUGACCUCGCUGUGGGCGCAGGGCCGGGACCUGAUGAGGGACGCCAGUGAGGAGGAGAAGAAUGAGAUCCUCACCAAGCUGCAGGAGCUGCAAAACAUCUUCGACAAGACACUGCACAGAUGUGGCCAGCGGCUGCAGGAGCUGGAGAAGGCGCUGACGUCAAGAAAGUACUUCAAGACGGACCUGGAGAAGACUUGCCAGUGGCUGAAGCAGGCUGACAUCGUCACCUUCCCGGAGAUCAACCUCAUGAACGGCGACCAAGAGCUGGAGUUCCAGAUGCUGAAGUACCAGCAGAUCAUUGAACACGCGGUGGAAUACGAGAACCUCCUCCUCACCGUGCAGAGGGCCGGCCAGGAGAUACUGCCCACUCUCAACGAAGUGGACCACUGCUACCUGGACGAGAAACUCAACACUCUGCCCCAGCAGUACAACACCAUACUAGCGCUGGCCAGAGAGAAACAGGAGAAGAUCCAGCAGGCAAUCCUGGCCAGAAAGGAGUACGCUUCCUUCAUAGACAUCACGCACAAGGCCCUGAAGGAGCUGGAGGAGCAGUUCAACGACCUGGAGAAGCAGCCCGUGGGCCUCCAGACAGAGGAGGUGAUCAGCCUGCAGGGCGACUACAAGGCCAUCCUGGUGGACCUGGGCGACCUGGGCCAGGCUGUGGGGGAGCUCAACCAGAAGAAGGAGGGCUUCCGCAGCACGGGCCAGCCCUGGCGGCCCGAGGAGAUGACCCAGCUGGUGAGCCUGUACAACGGCCUGAAGCGCCUGGUGGAGCAGAGGGUGGAGCACCUGGACGACACGCUGGAGUCCUUCGAGGACCACAAGGCCAUGGCCAUGCAGGUGGACUCUGAGCUGAAGGCCACCAAGGAGCAGCUGGUCAAGGUGAACACGGAGACCCAGUCGGCGGAGGAGCGGCUGAAGAACUACCACGCCCUGGCGGGCAGCCUGCAGAGCGCCAGCUCCCACCUGUCCCGGCUGAUGGAGCAGAUGGACACCCUGGCCACGCACGUGGACCACGCCGCGCAGGACGCCUCCAAGGAGCAGGUGGUGCUGUGGCAGGACGAGCUGCACUCCCUGCAGGCGGCCGUGGGCGACCUGAUCGAGGAGUGCGAGGACCGCUUUGUCCAGAGCAAGGACUUUGAGACGGAGGUGACGAGGACGCUGGACUGGCUGCAGCAGGUGCGCGACGAGCUGGGCUGCGCGGUCAUCGUGGACGUGCGGCUGGAGAAGGUGCAGGAGGAGAUCCGGAAGCAGCAGAUCAUGCAGGAGGAGGUGCAGUCGCGGCUGAGGAUCGUGGCGGCGCUCAGCAGCCGGGAGAAGCAGAAGUACUUCAGCGCCAACGAGCUGGUGCCGGCCCACAUGGACACCAGCCUGGAGGAGAUGGCCAAGCUCCAGGCAGAGGUCCAGAAAGCUCUGAGCUCUAAACAGAUCACCCUGGAGCAGGCGCUGCUCCUGUGCCAGCGCUACCACUUCCGGAUGCAGUCGGCGUGCGAGUGGCUGGAGGAGGCCGUGUCCUUCCUGCAGCAGGCCAGCCUGGGCGUGGACGUGGAGAACUACGAGGAGUGCCUCCGGCAGCAGGAGGACAUCCUGUCCACGGAGCAGGAGUUCCUGCUGCACCUGGAGGAGCUGGGCCAGCUGCCGGGCCAGCUGGAGCGUCUGGUCACCCCAUCGGCCCGGGAGCAGCUCCGCCUCAGCGUGGGCUCGGCCCAGCAGAGGGGCGUGGAGGUCCGGGACCAGCUGCAGUGCCACCAGGACGUCCUGCACAGCUGCGUGGCCCAGUGGAAGGCCUACCAGGAGUCCAGGCAGACGGUCAUCGAGCUCAUGAACGAGGCGGAGAAGAAGCUGACAGAGUUCUGCACGGCCAAGGCCGGGACCAGCCAGGAGGCAGAGGACAAGCUGUGCAGCCAUCGGUCGCUGGUGUCCCUGGUGAGCGGCUUCCAGGAGAAGCUGAGCGGUCUGGAGGAGCAGGCGGCCCAGCUGGAGCUGGUGGGCAGCGACGCCAGCAAGGCCACCAUCAGCCGCUCCAUGACCACCGUGUGGCAGCGCUGGACGCGGCUGCGCAGCGUGGCCCGCGGCCAGGAGAGGGUGCUGGAGGACACGGCCCAGGAGUGGAGGACCUUCCGGGAGAAGAUGGGCAAGCUGCGGGACGUGUCUGAGGAGCUGCGGGCCCGCGUGCCCGACAGCGCGGUGGAGAAGGCCUCCAAGGCGGCGCUGCAGGGCCUGCAGGAGCAGCACGACCUGCUGAGCCAGGACGUGGAGCGGGAGCUGUCGGGCCUCACCCUGCUGCGGCAGUACGCCCUCAGCCUGCUGCACGUGGUGGAGGUGCCCUCGCCCACCACCGAGCAGGAGGAGCUGCCCAGCCUCAAGGAGAUCCGGGCCGUGCAGGACCAGCUGGAGAGCCUGCUGGCCCAGUCCAGGGCCCAGCGCGCCCAGGCCAGCGAGGAGCUGCGUGAGCGGGAGGAGCUGGAGAAGGACCUGAGCGUGAUCAAGGCCUGGAUCCAGGAGACCCGGGAGCUGCUCCACAACCCCACCCCGGACAUCGACGCCCUGCUGCAGAACCUGGAGGUUGUCCACGGCGACGUGAUCACCUACCGUCAGAACGUGGACAAGGUGGCGGAGCAGCAGCAGACCAAGUACCUGGACCUGUACACCAUCCUGCCGUCGGAGAUCUCCAUGCAGCUGGCCGAGGUGUCCCUGGCUCUGGGCGCCAUCGAAGACCAGGUUCUGUCCAGAGAGAGGGAAAUCCAGAAGACCAGAGACAUAAAGGAGGACUUCAGCUCCAAAAUCCACGAUGUAUCGGAGAAGCUCAAAGCUAUCUCCGCUAAAUUCAAGGAGAAGUCCCCGGACGUGGACCAUGCCAAAGACGAGGUCAAGAGUCUGGCCGAGGACUUGGACAGCUGUGGCCGCUCUCUGUCGGAGCUGGAGGCUGCGAUACAGGAGUUUGGGCGAAGGAACCCGCUGUUAGCCAAGCAGCUAAGCGAUACUACGAGCAAGCUGUCGGAGAUCCACCACCAUACCAGCAGGCUAGCCGACGCUAGGAACAACUGGCUUAAAAAGGCUGUCUGCUACCUGGACGAGUACAACGAGAUGCUGGACUUCAUCCUGAGGUGGUCCGAGAGGGCCCGGAGCCUGGUGAGAGCCAACAUCAUCUGGAACUCCUCCGUUCAUCUCCAGGAGCAGAUCAGGAUGUACCAGGCGGUGCUGCGUGAGUCACGGGAGCUCCAUGGGGACCUGGAGUCCAUGGCGGAGAAGGUGGAGCUGCUGUCGGAGGUGCUGCAGGUGGAGGCUCUGACCCAGCAGGUGUGUGAGCUCAGCCGCCACGCCGAGGAGCUCCAGCAGAGCAUCAAGACCCGGCUGCAGAGCCUGCAGGACGCAGACAAGAGUAUGGAGGCGCUGGAGUACGAGGUGAAGGCCCUCCACGGGGCCCUGGAGCAGGUCCAGACCACCCUCACCUCCCCAGAGCUGGCCCGCCAGAGCCUCAAGGAGCAGCUGGUCCAGCGACAGCGUCUCCUGGCGGAUAUGGAGAGCUUCAAGCAGCUGGUGCAGGCGGUGCAGAUGUGUCAGAGUGCGCUGCGCGUGCCCGAGGAGGUGAUGCCCAACCUGGCCAUCUGCCGCACGGCCCUGCGUCUGCAGCAGGAGGCCAGCCAGCUGCAGCACGUGGCCAUACAGCAGUGCAACAUCCUGCAGGAGUCGGUGGUGCAGUAUGAGCAGUAUGAGCAGGAGGUGCGGGAGCUCCAGGGGCUCAUCGAGGAGGCCCACGGGGUGAUCCAGGACCGGCCCUUCUCCACCAGCAGCAUCCAGGAGCUGCAGGCCCAGAUCAUCCACCACGAGGAGCUGGCCCAGAAGAUCAAGGGCUACCAGGAGCAGAUCGCCUCCCUGAACUCCAAGUGCAAGAUGGUGUCGGUGAAGGCCAAGCACGCCACCAUGCUUCUGACGGUCACCGACGUGGAAGGACUCCCUGUGGGCCUGGACCACCUUGACGAGGACAGGGCCCAGAAGGCCCCGUCUGUCGCGGUGACGGCGGGCCGGUGCCACACCCUGCUGUCCCCUGUCACCGAGGAAUCAGGGGAGGAUGGGGUCACCAGCGAGCUGUCCUCCCCCCCCACCAGCAGCUCUCCCCCGUCCCUGGCUGCACACAGCCAGAACGCUGCCAGCAGGGCGGGGUGUGGGACCCUCACCAGAGCCCCCGUCCAGCAGCUGUACGACCCCACCUUUGAUACCGUGGCCAACCUGGACGACCUGCAGAGGUCCUGGGAAACACUCAAGAACGUGAUCAGUGAGAAGCAGAAGUCUCUGUACGAGGCCCUGGAGAAGCAGCAGCGCUACCAGGGCUCCCUGCAGUCCAUCUCCGCUAAGAUGGAGAGUCUGGAGACCCAGCUGAGCCAGGCUCUGCCCGGGGACAGGAGCCCCACCAGCCUCAUGGAGGCCCAUCAGGAGCUGACGUUGGAGAUCCAGGCGCUCCAGGGAGAGAUUGACGGGCUGCAGGCCAGCUUCUCGGAGGACCUGAGCGGGGACGCGGCGGGCGUGGGCGACACGGCGGACCAGCUGGCCAUGCAGUCGUCCCUGGCCGUGCUGGCCCAGAGGAUGGCCACCAUCCACAUGAAGGCCUCGGGGAAGCAACAGCUGCUGGAGGAGCGCUUCAGCGAGCGGCUGGAGCGCCAGCAGCAGGACAAACCGGUGCAGCUGUACCUGGGGCAGGCGGACGAGCUGGGCCGCUGGCUGGCCGGCGCCCGGGGGGGCAUCGGCGCCAUCCUGCAGCCCCCGCCUCAGGGGGAGGACGACAUGGAGCCCCAGCUGGAGGACUGUCAGAACAUGCUGCUGGAGAUCGAGGAGAAGGUGCUGGCGCUGGCCGAACUGUCCCUCCACAGCCAGAGCCUGCUGCAGACGGAGGGGGGAGAGGGAGGAGGAGGGGGAGGAGAGGGAGGACACACCACCAAGGAGGAGGCGGAGCGGCUGGCGGGGAAGCUGGUAACGCUGAAGGACAGCCUGGAGGAGCUCCAGGGCAUGCUGCUGGAGAGGCAGGGCAGCAUCCAGGGAUGUCUGCUGGACCAGGAGUCCAGCGGCUCUGACUCCAGUCCGUCCUACAGCCCCAGCUCCCAGGACUGGCUGGCCCAGGCCCACACCACCCGCUGCCAGCAGCGCCAGGACAGCCUCCAGAGGCAGAAGGAGCUAGAGGAGCAGCUGUCAGAGCAGAAGAAGCUGCUCCAGUCAGUGGCCAGCAGAGGAGAGGAGAUCCUCAUCCAGCAGGCCUCGCCUAGCAGUGCCAGCACCACGGCGCCCUUCUCAACGGAGGCCCUGGCGGAGAGGGAGGCACAGGCCUGCCAGGAGCAGAGCAGGCAGCGCUGGGAGAGCUUGAGACUGGAGCUCAGGACCAAACUGCAGCUGCUGCACAAGACCCUGGAGCAGGAGCACCAGCAGCCGGUCUACUCCAGGACCUCAGGGGUGACCCCGCCGGGGUCUCUGUAUACAGACCAGGCGCAGCCCCACGACACCACGUCCAUCAGGUGUCUGUUCGACGGCUUCAGACAGACCAUGGAGGACGCAGACACGCAGCCGGGGGGCCUUCAGCGAGGGGGGUCCCAGGUGGAGCAGCAGCUGUACACGGCCGUCUCUUCCUCUUCCUCCUGGCUGGACCACGUAGAGAACACCCUCUUCUCCGGCUCUGUGCUGCUCACUGAGAACCCCGAGACGCUCCUUCAGAAGCAGGAGACCCUGGAGAGUGAGGUGCGGGCCGUGGCUGAGGAGGUGAGGCACAGCCAGACCCUGCUGUCCGGACCGGGGGCCCUGGGCCCUGCCGAGCCGGCCCUGCUGGAGGACGGCCUGGUGGGGGACACCCUGGACUGCCUGAGGGAGCGGCUGGCCGCGCUGGGCUCCGCCCUCAGCCUGCGCUGCGACCACAUGAGGACCAGGAUGCACCAGCUCACGGCCAAUCAGACGGAGCUGCAGCUGCUCCAGACUGCUCUGAUCGAAACCAAGUGCCAGAUCCUCCAGACGUUAGCCGGAGCCAUGGACAAACCCGCCUCCCAACAACUGGAGGUGAUCGGCGACGCAGAGGACAACCUGAGAGACUUUGAGCAGCAGAUCACAGAGCUGAAGAGCAGAGGGGCGGUGCUGCAGGCAGACCAGCCCUCCACCAACAAGCUGCUCAAACUCCAGGACUCGUACGAGGAGCUGGUGAUGACGGUGGGCUCGCGGCGCAGCGGGCUGAACCAGAACAUGGCCCUGAAUGAGCAGUACGAGCGGGCCCUCCAGGACCUCACCGACCUGGUGGACACAGCCCAGGACAAGAUGGCCGCCGACCAGAGGAUCGUGGCUAGCUCUGUGGACGAGGUCCAGAAUCUACUGGACAAGCAUAAGGAGUUCUUCCAGGGCCUGGAGUCCCACAUGAUCCUGACGGAGACGUACUUCAGGAAGAUCAGCGGGCUGGUGCUGCCCAAGGAGAGCCAGGCGCUGGAGGCCACGCUGGGCCAGGCCCAGGCCGUGCUCCGGGAGGCCCACAGCCGGGGGGUGGAGCUGGAGGGCGUCCGCGAGACGUGGUGCCGCCUGGUGCAGGACUACCAGUGUUUAUACCGCCACCUGGAGGCCGUGGAAGGUAGCAUCCCCACCGUCGGUCUGGUGGAGGAGACGGAAGAGAGACUCAACGAAAGGAUCUCCUUAUAUCAGGGCCUGAAGGGCCGGCUGACGGAGCAGCAGCACAAGCUGUACCAGGUGCUGGACGAGGGCAAGCGGCUGCUGCUGCAGGUGAGCUGCCCGGUGCUGGAGAACCAGCUGGCCCUGCUGGGGGAGCACUGGCUGGGCCACACCACCCGGGUCUCCAGGGAGCUGCAGCGGCUGGACGCCGUGCUCAAGCACUGGACCAGGUACCAGAGGGAGUGGACGGAGCUGGUUGGCUGGCUGCAGUCGGCCCUGGAGCGGCUCGACUUCUGGAACACCCAGGCGGUGCUGGUACCCCAAGAGCUGGAGAGCGUCAGGGACCACCUGGCCGCCUUCCUGGAGUUCUCCAAGGAGGUGGAGGGCAGGGCCUCUCUGAAGAGCUCGGUGGUCGUCGAGGGCAACCAGCUGCUGCGGCUGAAGAAGGUGGACACCGCGGCGCUGCGGUCGGACCUGGCGCGCGUCGACGCGCAAUGGGCGGAGCUGCUCACGCGCAUCCCCGUGGUGCAGGAGAAGCUGCACCAGAUCCAGAUGGAGAAGCUGGCGUCCCGGCACGCCAUCUCCGAGCUGGUCAACUGGAUGUCGCUGAUGGAGAGCGUCAUCGAGGAGGAUGAGGAGAACUUCAAGAGCGCCGUGGGCUUCACGGUCGUCCAGGACUACCUGCAGAAGUACAAGGGCUUCCGGGUGGACGUGAGCUGCAAGCAGCUGACGGUGGACUUCGUCAACCAGUCCAUGCUGCAGAGCGGAGGGCAGGACGCCGAGAGCAAGCGCAGCGACAAGACCGACUUCGCCGAGCGCCUUGGCGCCAUGAACCGACGCUGGCAGAUCCUGCAGGGACGCAUCACUGAGAGGAUCCAGUUCCUGGAGAGCCUGCUGGAGAUGUGGCAGGAGUACGAGAGCAGUGUCCAGGCUCUCAAGUCCUGGAUGCUCUCCCAGGAGGAGAGACUCAAGAGAAAGCACCGCAUGGAGGACCUGACCUCGGUGCAGAACGCCCUGAAAGACUGCCAGGAGAUGGAGGAGCUGCUGAAGGAGAAGGAGAGGGACCUGGAGCGGGUGGAGGAACAGGGCUGUGCCCUCGUCCAGAACAAGACAGAUGAAGCCUGCGCUAUCGUCAUGGAGACCCUCCAGGGUGUCAAUCACACCUGGGCCAACCUGGACCACUUGAUCGGUCAGCUGAAGAUCAGCCUGCGCUCGGUGCUGGACCAGUGGAGCUCGUACAAGCGGGCGUCGGAGGAGAUCAACGGCCACCUGAUGGAGGGACGCUACUCCGUGUCCCGCUUCCGCCUGCUGACCGGCUCGCUGGAGGCCGUGGAGCUCCAGGCCCAGAGCCUCCAGAAUCUACAGGGAGAGCUGGAGAAGCAGGAGAGCAGUGUGCGGCGGUUCGGCGCAGCGACCCACCAGCUGCUGAGGGAGUGCCACCCGUCGGUGUCCGAGUCCCUGAACCUCGCCCUGAAGGACGUCAACGGCAGGUGGACCGGCCUGCUGGAGGAGAUCUCGGAGCGCCAGCGGAGCAGCAAGGCCCUGCUGCAGCUGUGGCAGCGGCACAAGGAGCUGCAGGAGCAGAGCGCCGCCAGCGUGCUGCGGCAGGAGGAGCGCGCCGAGCAGCUGCUGAAGGCCGCCUGCAGCAAGGACAUGGCCGACCACGAGGUGUCCGACUGGAUCCACGAGUGCAGCGAGCUGCUGCGGUCGCAGGCCCCGGUGCAGGCCUGUCUGCAGGUGCUGCAGGAGCUGGGGGUGCAGCUGAAGCAGCAGGUGGACACCUCGGCCGCGGCCGCCGUCCAGACGGACCACCUGUCCCUCUGCCAGCGCCUGGCGGCCGUGGAGCAGGCCCUCAGCAGACAGCUCACCGCCCUGCAGACUGGCGUGCAGGACUACGAGAAAUUCAACAGCCAGCUGGACGCUCUGGCCCGCUGGAUCUCUGAACCCGAGGACGUCCUGCGGGCCCAGGACCCCAACGGCUCCUCGGACCUGUGCUUAAUACAGGACCGCAUGGAGCAGCUCAAGAGAAUGAUGCUGAAAUUCAGCAGCAUGGCUCCCGAGCUGGAGCGCGUCAACGAGCUGGGCUACCGGCUGCCCCUCAACGACACCGAGAUCAAACGCAUGCAGAACCUCAACCGUAGCUGGGCCUCCUCGUCCUCACAGACCACCGAGAGAUUCAGCAAACUGCAGUCCUUCCUGCUGCAGCAGCAGACCUUCCUGGAGAAGUGUGAGACGUGGAUGGAGUUCCUGGUGCAGACGGAGGAGAGCCUGGCCGUGGAGAUCUCUGGGAACUACCCCAGCCUGGUGGAGCAGCAGAAGGCCCACGAGUUGUUCCAGGCAGAGAUGUUCAGCAGGCAGCAGAUCCUCCAUUCCAUCAUCAGCGACGGCCAGAGGAUGCUGGAACAGGGCCAGGUGGACGACAGGGACGAGUUCAACCUGAAGCUGGCGCUGCUCAGCAACCAGUGGCAGGGCGUGGUGCGGCGCGCCCAGCAGAGGCGGGGCAUCAUCGACGGCCUGAUCCGCCAGUGGCAGCGCUACCGCGACAUGGCCGAGAAGCUGCGCCGGUGGCUGCUGGAGAUGGCGCCCCCCGCCGACCCGCUGUGCCCCGGGACCACGGUGCAGCUGCAGCAGGCCCGCGCCCUGCUGGACGCCACCCAGCUGAAGGAGAAGGUGCUGCAGCGGCAGCAGGGCAGCUACAUCCUGACAGUGGAGGCGGGCCGCCAGCUACUGCUGUCGGCAGACAGCCGGGCGGAGGGGGCGCUGCAGGAGGAGCUCAGCCUCAUCCAGGACGGCUGGAGGCAUGCCAACGCCUCCCUGGACGCCCACAAGAGGGAGCUCUCCACCCUGCUGAAGGACUGGGAGCGUUGUGAGCGCGGUAUCGGAGGGUCUCUGGAGAAGCUGAGAGCCUUCAAGCGGCAGCUGUCCCAACCGCUGCCCGACCUUCAUGAGGACCUGCAGGGGGAGCAGAUGCGCUGCAAGGAGCUGGAGAGCCGGUUUGCGGGCUGGACCGACGACCUGGCCCAUCUGAGCCUGCUCCGGGAGUCUCUGUCCUGCUACAUCGGCCCCGAGGACCUCUCCGUCCUCCAGGAACGCAUCGAGCUGCUCCAGAGGCAGUGGGAGGAGAUCUGCCACCAGCUGUCCCUGCGCCGGCAGCAGGUGAGCGAGAAGCUGAACGAGUGGUGGGUGUUUGGGGAGAAGUACAAGGAGCUGUGUGAGUGGCUGACCGCCAUGGAGAGCAAGGUGUCCCACAACGGAGACGUCAGCAUUGAGGAGAUGAUCGACAAGCUGCGCAAGGACUACCAGGAGGAGAUCACCCUGGUGGAGAACAACAAGCUGCAGCUACACCUGCUGGGCGAGCGGCUGGCCCGGGCCAGCCACCAGAGCAAGGCCUGUGAGAUAGAGGGCAAGCUGGGCAAGGUGGACGACCGCUGGCAGCACCUGCUGGACCUCAUCGGAGCCAGGGGGAAGAAGCUGAGGGAGACCCUGGUGGCCGUCCAGCAGCUGGACAAGAACAUGAGCAGCCUGCGCGCCUGGCUGGCCCACAUCGAGACAGAGCUGUCCAGACCCAUGGCCUACGACACCUGCGACUUCCAGGAGAUCCAGAGGAAGCUGGACCUCCAGCAGGAGCUGCAGAGGGACAUAGAGAAGCACAGCACGGGCGUGGCCUCAGUGCUCAACCUGUGUGAGGUCCUCCUCCACGACUGCGACGCCUGCGCCACUGACACCGAGUGCGACUCCAUCCAGCAGGCCACGCGCAGCCUGGACCGCCGCUGGAGGGCCAUCUGCGCCCUGUCCAUGGACCGCCGGCUCAAGAUCGAGGAGACCUGGCGCCUAUGGCAGAAGUUUCUGGACGACUUCUCCCGUUUCGAGGAGUGGCUGGCCACGUCCGAGAGGACCGCCGCCUCCGCCAACUCCUCGGGCGUUCUGUACACCGUCGCCAAGGAGGAGCUCAAGACCUUCGAGGGCUUCCAGAGGCAGGUGCACGAGAGCCUGACCCACCUGGAGUUCCUGAACAAGCAGUACCGGCGGCUGGCCCGGGAGAACCGCACGGACGCGGCCGGCCGCCUGCGGGAGAUGGCCCAUGACGCCAACCAGCGCUGGGACGACCUGCAGAAGAGGGUGACCUCCGUGCUGCGCAGGCUCAAGCACUUCAUCGGCCAGCGCGAGGAGUUUGAGACGGCCAGGGACGGCAUCCUGGUGUGGCUGACCGAGAUGGACCUCCAGCUCACCAACAUCGAGCACUUCUCCGAGUGUGACAUCCAGGCCAAGAUCAAACAGCUCCGGGCCUUCCAGCAGGAGGUGUCCCUGACCUCCCCUAAGAUCGAGGUGAUCUUCCGGCAGGCGGAGGCGCUGAUGGAGAAGAGUGAGCCGCUGGACGCCACCGUCAUCGAGGAGGAGCAGGAGGAGCUGCGGCGCUACUGCCAGGAGGUGUUCGGCCGGGUGGAGCGCUACCACAAGAAGCUCCUCCGCCUGCCGCUGACAGACGAGGACACGGAGGUGUCGUACUCGGACCGGGAGCUGGACCUGGACGAGGGGGACUGCGGGGGCGACGCCUCCUCCAGCAUGCCCUGGGGGGAGCCGGAGGGCUCCCACUCCCCCCUGCCCUCCUCCAGCCGCUCGGCCUCGCUGGCCGCGCCCCCGCGGGCGGAGCGCUCGGGCCGGGACACGCCCGCCAGCGUGGACUCCAUCCCCCUGGAGUGGGACCACGACUACGACCUGAGCCGCGUGCUGGAGGGCGCCGGCCGCGCCCUGGGGGAGCAGCAGGGCGAGGAGGGCGGAGACUUCCUGCAGCGGCCCGCCUCCGCGCUGUCGGAUGUAGUCAUCCCUGACAGCCCAGAAGCCUAUGUUAAACUAACUGAAAACACACUGAGAUCCACCACGGGUGACGGGGGCUCGUCGUAUUCUCACGCAGCAGGGGGGGCGAGCGACGGAGGCCGCAGCUCGCUGCUCCAUCAGCUGGACAGCAGCCGCAGCCGCACCCCCACCAGCCUCGAGCUGGACGGCUCCUACAUGGGAUACAUGCGUCUCCUGGGUGAGUGUCGGGGGAGCAUCGACCAGGUGAAGAGGAUGGGCUCUGAGCUGAAGGAGGAGGAGGACGGGGCCUCCGGCCUGGCCGACCCCAGCAGCUCUGAGUCCCAGAGCUCAGGGGUGAUCGAGCGCUGGGAGCUGCUGCAGGCCCAGGACCUGAGCAAGGAGAUGCGCACCAAACAGAACCAGCAGAAGUGGCAGCAGCUGACCUCUGACCUCCGCAGCGUGUGGGCGUGGCUGGGCCAGGCGGGGGAGGAGCUGGAGCAGCAGCGGCGGCUGGAGCUCAGCACAGACAUCCAGACCAUCCGGCUGCGCAUCAAGAAGCUCAAGGAGCUCCAGAAGGCGCUGGACAAGCGCAAGGCCAUCGUGCUGUCGGUGAACCUGUGCAGCGCGGAGUUUGUGCAGUGUGACAGUGAGGAGAGCAGGGAGAUGCAGGCGAGGCUCACGGACAUGAACAACCACUGGGACAAGCUGGGGCGCGCCCUGGAGGCCUGGAGGGCCUCGCUCCAGGACGCCCUCAUGCAGUGUCAGGACUUCCACGAGACCAGCCACGGCCUCCUGCUGUGGCUGGAGAACAUCGACCGCCGGCGCAACGAGGUGGUCCCCAUCGACCCCCUCCAGGACAGUGAGACGCUGACCCAGCACCACAAGACCCUCACGCAAAUGCGCCGUGAGCUGCUGGACUCCCAGGUGAAGGUGGCCCUGCUGCAGGACAUGUCUCUGCAGCUGCUGGUCAACGCCCCGGGCAGCGACUGCCUGGAGGCCAAGGAGAAGGUGCACGUCAUCGGCAACCGGCUCAAGAUGCUGCUGAAGGAGGUGACCAGGGACCUACGGGAGCUGGCCAGGACCUUGGACCUCACCAGCAGCCAGCAGGACCUGUCUUCUUGGUCGUCCGCUGAUGAUCUGGACACCUCCGGGUCGGUCAGCCCGGCGUCGGGGAGGAGAAAAACUAUAGACUCAGCCUGCCUGUGGCGUGAUUGCACGGCCCCACAGCCAGUGAGUGCUCCAAAGCAGCCCUGUGCUUUGGAGAAACCUAACCCUUAUCUCCAGGUCCUUGGGUCCACCUGUCUUGCCGCCUUUACGUACCGUUUUGUUGCCGCACUUCCUCCUUAUGUUUUAUAUCUUUUAUUUUGGCGGCGGACUUUUUUUCUCAUGGGUCGCUUUGUCUUUUAUUUGCCUGGACUGAAACAUACUUUCUUUGUUUUACCCCCCCUCACCCCACUUCCUGUUCAUUGCAAACAGCAACGGGGCCACAGUAGUGUGUCUCGGACUGGAGCGCCAGUCGCCCGCUCACACCUCAGGUCUCACGACGCUGGGUCCGUUUCCUCCCGUUCUGAGCCGGGCCGGAGCCGGCCCUCCUCCUCCUCUUCCUCCUCCUCCUCCUCCUCCUCCUCAUGCUGGGCCUUCCUGCGGCGCGCCCUGUGGGUGGCGCUGCCCAUCCAGCUGUUCCUGCUCCUCCUGCUUGUGGCUGUGGCCUACCUCCUCGUGCCCAUGACCGACGAGGACUACACCUGCAGCCAGUGUAACAACUUCGCCAGCUCCUUCUACCCCAUGCUCAGCUACACCAACGGACCCCCGCCCGUGUGAUGAGGGGGUGGGGCGGUCUGACGCCGUUCUGACCCGGCAUCAUGACCCGGUAUCGGGACCCGGGUCACGGCCAUCUCUCUUCUUCCACCCGGUAGUCGCUGUUUAAACACCUGUGAGAGCAAUGUGGUUGUGGUUGUGAUCAGAAGGUUGUGUACCAUCUGAUCAACGGUUCAUCCUCUCUUCUUUUUGUUUAGCAUAUAGGAUAAGGCAUACCACUGUUUUUAGGAUGUGUAUACCUCUGUAAAUAACAAAGAAACGCUUCCUUUGCCAUGAUCAGAAGCAACGACAAAAAAAGCUAAAAGGCGUGUGAUUGGCCGCUGAGACAAGGCGGAUGGAAGGGGCUUGAAGAAGGGACUGAAUGCACACGGCAUGGCGUAGACCGUCCGACGGGAUGAUAAAAAUGUAGCCUGUUAUUUUUUUGCUCGUAACGACGAAUUAUAUUGAUUAUUCAUUGAAAAACGUGUAAAAUAGCUUUUAAUACACAAUAUCUUAUAUAUCGCAAUUAUUUUUGUACUUUUUUCGGCAUGCUGUUCUUAUUUCUGCUUCGCCUCACCCGAUCUCUCCGCCGCUGCCGUGUGCCAGUCAUGUAUAGUGUAUUUUUUUAACAUGAAGUGCUCGCGAAUGACAUGCCAUUUCAUUGAGAUCGUUGACGUUGUGCGUCCAUGGGGAUGACACCGACGACGCCAAACGCUAGCGUCACAGAGCUGGCGACCGGCGCCGCUCACAUGAAGGAUCAUGCUUACGAUAUGCUGUCCAUAAACUGGUCUCAUGUCUUUUUUUAACCACUUCAAUCAUGGCUGUGAGAUUAACACUGAAGUAUAGAAAAACUGUAUAUUUUCUAUGUCUCAAAUCUGUCAACAGUCCAGAAUUAUUUAUCCAGAUGUGUAUAUAACGAUGGACGAGAAGGAAUAUCAAUAUUGUAUGAAUAUCUUACUAUCACAAACAACGAAUGCCAAAUCCUCUUUUUUUGACUUUUUCUUUUGUAUUUGUAUUUAUUCUACUGCACCUGGUUUCCAUGAGUAAAACAUGCUCUUCCAAUGAUAUUUGAAAUGUAUUGAAACAAAAACAUUCAUUAUAUGAACAAAACACAAA